AGCCUCCAUCACUAGGGUAGAGUUUUUUUUUUACCAGUGUAGGUUGGUGUUAAUGUCUGAGUGCCGCCAUGGCAAACAGGGGACCAAGCUAUGGGCUCAGCCGUGAGGUCCAAGACAAGAUUGAACAGAAGUAUGCUGCGGAGUUGGAGGCUCGGCUUGUGGGAUGGAUCGUGGCCCAGUGUGGUGACGACCUGGAGCGACCUGAACCUGGCAAACAGAACUUCCAGAAAUGGCUCAUGAGUGGAACAAUUCUCUGCCGGCUCAUCAACAGUCUGUACCCCAGUGGUGAGGAACCAGUUAAGAAAAUUACAGAAACUAGUAUGGUCUUUAAGCAAAUGGAAAAGAUUUCUCAGUUCCUGCAGGCUGCUGAAGAUUAUGGUGUCAACAGAGGAGACAUAUUCCAAACUGUUGAUCUUUGGGAAGGAAAGGACAUGGCUGCAGUCCAGAGGACACUGAUGGCUCUGGGAAGUGAAGCUCUGACAAAGGAUGAUGGACAUUACUGUGGAGACAAAGACUGGUUUCAUAGGAAAGCCAAGAUCCACAAGAGGGAGUUUUCUGAGGAGCAGCUGCGUCAAGGUCGCGGUCUUAUCGGCAUGCAAAUGGGAAGCAAUCGUGGAGCAUCUCAAUCUGGCAUGGUAGGGUACGGCACCCCACGGCAAAUCAUGCGGCAUGACUCUCCUCGGCACAAUGGACAUCAGAGCAAUCCCUAAACACCAUACAGUUUGAUAUUUAAAAUCUGUACUGGAGCCAAAAGCCAAAUCUAGAGCUCCAGUUGUAGGAGGAAUGUGUACGUGUGUGUAUGUAUAUAGAUAAACCGUGGACUGAUGCUGCUUACACUAGUCUUUCAAUUACACACAUUAGUGUUGUCCCUUCACCCACAAUGCACCAGUGCUGGCUGUUAUUGUCAGGCAAGCUCCAGAUCAAGGCCAAAAUGUGCAAAAAAAAACAAAAAAAAUUUAAAUUGAAUAUAGUAUCAAAAGGCUCUCUGUAAACAUCUCUGUAAACAUGUAGCCCUUUAAGAAUGCUGACAAUCUGGCACUUGAACAUCUAACGUCCAUUUAUAAUUACGCAUUUGGCUCAUGCUUUUACCCGAAGCAACAUAAAUGUCCAUUUAAGGAAUUGUGUCCUGUGAAAUUAAACCCACAAUAUCGGCGUUGCAAGCCCAUACUCUACCAACUGUGCUGAAUGAGUUGUGCAUGCUGUGCAAUAGGAACAUUCUGAAGAAGUCUAUUUUUACUUAAAGCCAUAUGUAACCAAUCAGUGUGUCAAGAUAUACAAAAUAAACAGUGCUUAAAAUAUAAAUGUAUUUGAUUAAAGUGAUACUGUGCUCAGUUGCUACCAAAUGUACAUUAUUGUUGAUGUAUACUAACUAUAAAGGUUCCUGUUCCUGCUAGCAGAAUGCGCCAAACUAAUCGACUCAAGUCAUUCUAUAUCUUCAAAAAAUGUCAUUGUUGUGCAGACAUUUCUGAUGUCACUGCAAAGAAAUGAUGCUAUACAUUCCAGUGAUAUGAAAAGAACCGUUUGCUUAAGAGUCCGAAUCAAGUAAAACUGAUACAAAAGAAUGUGGUAUUUAUUAAAAGUCAUUUUAAAUGCAGCUAUUUUCAACUUUCGUUAAUUUUAUGCAUUAACAUGCAUGUAAAGUAAAUGUGUUUCUGAUGCUAAGACUGUAUUGCAGAUUAUUAUAUUUAUUGUGAAGUUUCACUUUGUAUCUAUACCUUUGACAAUCAAAAUACUUUCCAAUUGUCAUGACUGAAAUAUUUGGCUGUUUAGUUCUGUGUUUCUUGUUUUUAUUUUUGUGGUUUGAUUU